CCCCCCUCUUCGAAUGUGUCCUCCCUCGGAAAGGGCCAGUCCCCCCGUCUGUAUCGGCGAAGAGAGAUUGAGAUCUGCGGCACUUGACCAUGUAACAGGCCACAGGGGUCUGUUUGACGAGUGACCACAACGACGAGAUGGACCCCAAGGACGGCUCGGAAGAACCCCCUGGUAGAUGGCCCCGUUCACACAGCGAGUUGGAGAUGGACCUUGAAGUCGACGUGGACUCCGAGGACGAGGUCGACCGUCAUCUCCACAUCGACAACGACGACGAUGACCAUGACGACUCUCGCCAACGCAUUCGUUCACCCAACGACUACGACACUACUAUUGAUAGUCCCAAUCGGUCCGACGUCGAAGCAUCGACGACCCCCAAGAUUCCCGCCGGCACAUCCGAAUCUCCCGCUCGUACUACCGGUGCUCAAGUCCAGGUUCAGGUGGAAGGCAGGAGAAAGACCUGGUUCUCCCGUCUUCCUUUCCGUCGACACAUCUCACCACCUGCACCCGCACUGCCCUCAGACCGUGCAGAAUCUCACCCAAAUACAGAGUUGGAUCCGCACCGCCUCCCUCUCCCUACAACCCGAUCCAGAUCCCGAUCUAGAUCUAGACCUCAAUCACGCGCCUCAACUCCGUUCUUCCCGGGCCCAUCGAGCUUUCCUAUCUCAACGUCAAAGUCAAACUCGAUCCCAAACUCGACCUCUACCUCAACCUCGAAGAACAUCAGCAGCAACAACGAAAACGAGAAUCACAGAACGGCAGGAUUGGGUACGGCUACCGAAGACUUGGACCCGGAAGAGUCGGACGGGCAGGAGGAGGGGGAAAAGAUGUGCCGGAUAUGUUUUACUGGGGAAGACUCCGACUCCGAAGCCGAGGACGACGAUGACGACGACGAUGAGGAAGAGAAUAGCGGUGAUAUUAGUAGUAAUAGUGAUGCCGGAAAGAAUCGUAACUCUGAGAAUGCCGGUCUGGAGAACGACAACGACAACCACAACGGCAACGACAACGACAACGAUAACGAUAACGACAACGAUAACCGCCACUGCCAUACCGAGCCUAACAAUCAUCGAAACGUCGGAGAUCGGACGCCGGACAAACGCCUUAGGACCGGAAAGAAACCCCCCAGGCAGAAGAAAGCAGCAAGCGGAGGUCUGGGGAGGUUGAUCUCGCCCUGUUUAUGUCGGGGUAGUAUGCGUCAUGUGCAUAUCAGCUGCUUACAGCAAUGGCGAGGUAAAGGCAGGAACAAGAAAGCAUACAUGGAAUGCACCCAGUGCAAAUUCCGCUACCGACUCCGCCGUACUCGCUUCCUCGGCCUCGCCUCGUCUCCCAUCAUCCUCUUCAUCACCUCGCUCAUCCUCUUCCUAGUGCUGACGCUGGCAGUCGGAUCGGGACUCCACUGGUUGAUGCGAUUCAGCCGAUUCAGGAAGCUCGUCGCCGGACCAACCGAGCGACGCCCGAGGAUGCUCAAGCUCGUGCGCAAGAAGAACAGGAUCUCGCGGUGGCUCCCGUUCCAGAUGGAGGACACGCAAGAAGAAUUUGAAGCGGCGGUGAGGCAGGACCCGCUCGUGCCCAUCGGUAUCGAGUUGCCCGGCGGCUUUACCUACAUGCAACCCAGCUCGGGCAUGUUCGAGCUGGUCAUCCGGAGCAUGCGAGCGUUCGUCAACGGCGAGGCACGGGAGGUCGGCGAGGGCAUGUGGCAAAUGCUGGUCGAUGCGGCGGAAUACCUCGAGGUAUACAAGGCGGGACACUAUGCGUUGCUACCGUUCAGGCUGGUCUCCAAGCUGGCCAUCCUGGUCGGUCUGGGUCGAUUGGUGACACUCCUCGGACCCAUCAUCGAGCGGUUCUCGCUGGGCUUUUCCUUGAUCGGCUCAAUUUCUUUUGCCACCCUGCUCAUCACUUCGAGCUUGAUGGCGCCUUUCCAGCUGGCGAACAAUGUCAGGAUCGGACGAGGGUGAGUCGUUGAGGGCGGAGAUUUCUGGGUAUAGUUGCGUCUAACCGUCUUCAUCCGCCAGCGGUGGCCCGUUCGGCUUGCCCAUGGGCGCGAUUGGGGGCCGUAGACGCGCUGCUCAAGCCAGGGUGGCUACAAUGCAAACCGGUCAGCUUGGGACCGUUGGGAUAGGUAGCCUGGUGCUGGUCAUGUUUGUGUUGAUGGGCGCCGUGCGGUGCGUCUCCAAG